AGAGGCUCAAGUGAAAAUCAAGAGGGACAUCGUCUUUGCAGCUAGCUUGUACUUUUAAUCCGCAGUGGCUGUACAAUAACAAUUUUUACACUCCGCGGAAUAAAACUAAGAUAUAUAAGAUUCCUUGUCCUAACACAGCGAUGUUGCUUUUGACCGAAGUUGACGCGAAACCUUCUCAUAUCUAUUUUCCAAGCAGAAUGGAAACAAUCUCCCCAUGUAAUACCGAUGCAGCCACCAAUUCCCGUUUUACCCGUCAAAGUGCCUCUUCACACUCUACCUGGCAGCGCUCCAAUGGUUCUGGCUCCCUAUCAUUUGACCGACCGCUGGGAACGGAGAACCCUACCGUUGUUCAGAACGCUAGCACUGUAUUUCAGAGAAGGCGUGUCAAUCCUGAGAGCCUCGCUCUCCGACUAGGACCGGAUCUUGUCCGUGAUCUUGAGGCACUGAUACACCCUGGAAACAUCGAGAUGCCGUCCUUUGCUGUCCGGAAAGAGCUGCAAGAACGUUACAAUAUCGACAGGAGGCAUGUCUAUGAUUACUUUCACAGCCGAGGCCUGCGCGUGAUCAAGGAAGAUAAGAAUGGUAUACCAAAUGAUUUCGUUCCAGUGCCGGCGCGAUCGCCGAAGCCGAGUCUCCGAACUUUACGCCAGGCGCCUGUGAAGGAGUCGCAGAGAACAACUGUAAACUUGAUAUCGAAACUCAAGGAGGCCAAGCCUUCAGUUAGCAAAACUCGUGGAAUUAUCAAGGCCAAACCUGGCCGUCCAAGGAAAUAUGCCGCUAGAUCCACUCACGAUGACCCCCUGCCACCUCCAGUCAUCUGCCCGUCAUCUCGGACGGCUCAUGCAAUCCUCCAACCUGACAUCCUCCCUGCGAGCGACACAAACAAUGACCACGAAUUUGACAUGGCAGUCAGUACUAUUGACGAGUCUGAUUCAUUUGCACAAGCGAUAGACGAGGUCUCUUACACGUAUUGUGGCCCGCCAAUAUUAAUGUUCGAGACAACGCCACUCCACACCCUUUCCCAAGCGGUGCCAGAUCUGAGAACCGAUGAGGCUGAACUAGGUUUAUCGCCACGCAAGACUUCUGCCGACUCACCGAACGCUUGUACACUCUCUGUUACUGAGCGGAUGGCACUUUAUCAACUUCUUUCUGGAGCGUUCGGCACUCAUCGUGACAUCCAGGAAUGCGCAGGUACAUACCGAAAUUACAUGCAAGAACAGUCGCAACAUUACUACGAGGGGCUUCUUGAAGUGCCUUACCAAAACUCUUAUUAUAAUGACCGAAGGCCAGCUUCUUCCGACAAUCGCCAAUCGGUUCCUUGCAAUGGCAGCGAAUAUAAACGCUGGGUUAACCCGGGAGUCUAUGACAAGCCGGUCAAACCUGACACGAGUACGACCAGGCAGAAAGCAAGAGUCUUCUCCUGUAAUACGGAUAACGGGGCGCAUCCCCUGGACACGUUGUUCCCAAUACUUGACCUGAAUAGGACCGAUGUCGAUGAUUCGAUCGGGGAAUCACCUGUUAUCCGCAGUCAGCGCCAAUCCUACGUACCUUUAGAUUUCUAUUUCCUUCCGAACGAGGGAAGCGGUGAGGCUGAGGAUCUCCUUCUGGAUGCAGCCUCUAACUCGGGCGCCCCUGAACUUCCCAACCAUUCGGUCUCAUUACAGUCGAAGAUCCGUGGAGGAUCUCUCCACGGACAUCCGGAUUUCUCAGGAUCUCCGCCACUACUGCCUUCGGCUCUCGACGUCAACCCUAAGCGCCCCGCCCUCCCGUUACUACAACCGGUUUCGAACCUCACUGAAACCAAGAGAUGUACCCGGAAAAGUAUAGCCCCACAAACCCGCUUCGCUCCAUGCACUCCUCAGAAGUCGCACCUACGUGAGUGUGACAGGAUCAGGACGAGGUCCUUUACGACCCGCAGCGCUAGAAUGCGGACGACUUCUGCUGGUGGAGGAAUAUGACAAAACAAUAGCUAUUUGAUGGCCUUGGCACUGGAAACGUUUCAUGUUUAUCUAACAGCCGUUCCACUUUCGACUUAGGCUGCGCGAAACCGUCA